AUGGCCCAAGAUCCCCGAGUCCUGCUCCAACGAGCCGACAAGGCGCUCAGCAGCGCAUCCGGUGGCUUCAGCUUCUUUGGUGGAAAGACAGAGAAGUACGAGAACGCCGCGGAUCUGUACACACAAGCUGCGAACGCCUUCCGAGUGCAGAAACAGAACAAAGAAGCCGGUCUCGCCUUCGAGAAGGCCGCCUCUAUCCAAACCCAGAACCUCAACGAACCCGACGAUGCAGCCAACACCCUGACCGAAGCCUUCAAGGUCUACCGCAAAUCCGAUCCCGAGGACGCUGCUCGCGUGCUCUCCAGCGCUAUUCAACACUACGUCCUGAAGGGUAAUCUCCGUCGCGCUGCCACGCAACAGCAACAUCUUGCCGAGGUGUACGAGGUGGAACUGGGAGAUACCAAGAAGGCGCUGGAAGCCUAUGAGAAAGCGGCGGAGUGGUUUGACGGGGACAAUGCUGAAGCUCUUGCCAACAAGCAUUACCUCAAAGCGGCCGACCUGGCCGCUCUUGAGGGCGACUACUACAAGGCCAUCGAGCACUACGAGCGGAUCGGCCGUGCAUCGAUCAACAACAACCUGAUGAAGUGGUCCGUCAAGGAUUACUUCCUCAAGGCUGGUAUCUGCCACCUGGCGACGAAUGACCUGGUCGCUAGCAACCGCGCCCUCGAAAACUACCGCGACAUCGACACCACCUUUGCCUCAACAAGAGAGCACCAGCUCCUCAUUGACCUCGUCCAGACCAUCGAAGCCGGCGACCAGGAAGCCUUCGCCGAUAAGCUCUUCCAAUUCGACCAACUCAGCAAGCUGGACAAGUGGAAGACGACUCUUCUGUUGCGGAUCAAGAACAAUAUCGAAGAGCAGGGAGAGGACUUUUCUUAGAUCUAUUUAAUCCAUUGCAAUCCAUUCCUAUUCCUGCAUGUUCUUGGAUCUGAUAAACUCCUACCUGGCAGAGUGACUUUUUGCUUCUGCUAUUUUCUUUUUGAUUUGGCUGGUUCCAUAGUAGAUGGAUGCUGUCAUGAUUUUCGUGUCUCGCUGUCACAUAAUGCGGUUUACUCCUUCGUGCGAAGAUUUACCUAUCUGUCUGCCCUGCACUAUUAUCCCAACUGUUUCAUUUACAACGCACUAGGUUGUACGCAUAGGUGCAUAUGUGACCCUACUAUCAUCAAAGUCCGUGAAUGAACAAAAGUAUCAUCCUGGCG